AUUUUGUUUGGGUAUCCUGUGUUUUCAAUAUGGCGGACAGAGAGGGAAAAUCUGACUGCUUUUUGGUUUUAUGUGGUUUGCCUGCCUGCGGGAAGACGACAUUAGUGAAUGAGUUCAUCCAAUGGAAAAGGCAUAACAUAUACGAUGACACCCACGUAUUACAUAUUUGCUAUGAUGAGUUUAUUCCGUCAAACUUGUACGAAGAUGAAGACGGAUUGUCGCAGCAAUGUAUGUCAGCAAAUACUCUACAUGAAACCCGUGGAAGGUCAUUAUGGAAAUGGUACAGAAAGCUUUUAUUGCUCAGCGUGGAGAGAUUAGUAAGGAUUUUAAGGAUAGAUACGACUGAUAUUGGAUCUACUUCUGAUGGACAUUUUCGCCUAAAAUCAGAAACGAGAGACAAUUUUCACGAAGGAAAAACAGAGUUGUCGGGAUUCUGGCCGCAAUUUAUACAGAAAUUAAGGGACACUGGAAAACUGUGCAAGUGUUUGGUUGAUGAUAGUCUCACGCUGAGGUGCUGUCAUGUGAUAAUUCUAGAUGACAAUAUGUUUUACAGAGGGAUGCGAUAUGAGUAUUACCAAUUGGCCCGUAAAUGUGGUCUGGGGUAUGCCCAGCUAUUUAUAGACUGUUCUAUAGACAGUGCUCUCCAAAGAAAUGUGUCCAGAUCCAAUCCUGUUACCAUGGAAACCAUCAAAACCAUGACCAAGAGGUUAGAGCAUCCUAAUCCUGAAAAAUAUUUCUGGGAGCAAAACACACUAGCUAUCAAAGGAACAGAGGCAACUUCAGAUUGUAUGAAGGCCUUGGUGCUUCUUAUAAAAAAUGCUGCUUCACACCCAGUUCCACCAUUACCUACUGAAGAUGAACCUCUCAAGGAGAAGCUCCAGAAGGCAAACUUAGACAGUCUACUCCAUCAGGCUGACAAGGUGCUAAGGAGGACAAUUUCUAAAAAGAUGGAAAAGCUCAAAGUUGGAGGUGUCAGCAAGCAAGAAAUGCAAAGAACUGCACAAAACAUAAACAGUGGAAGGAAGUUGCUUUUAGAAUACCUUAAGAAACAAGAUUCUCAGAAUAAAAAUGGACAUGGUGACCCAGGCCUAAUGGAGAGGUUACAAUACAUACAGAGAGAGGAACUUUCUGUAAAUCAGCUAUAUCAACUCAUGAGGGCUAACAAAAUUGAAUUUGAAUCAGAGAUUGAAAGACUUUAUGAGACCUUUAUCAAAAAUAAAGCAACACCAAAUUGAUGA